CGUGUGUCUCUGUCGAGAGGGUUGAAGAACGAAUAUUCCAUCCGGCAGUGCGUUCGUGCAAGAAAUCUAAUCUAUAGCCGGGGAAAGAAAUCUCCCCUUUGUCGUUAGUGUCUCCGAUACGAAGUUUAAUGAAAGAGCGAGGAGUAUGGCGAGCAUCGAAAUCAGUGAUGAUUAAAAAUUCACUGUGAGACGGAAGUGAAAAAUUCUCUCUAAUUAAUCCUCUGUGUGAACUUGUGAGUCUGUUCAAAUAGAGUAGCGUGGGUGGAGGACAAAAAGGGCCAGAGACUCUCUAAAAAGAGUUGCUCUGCGCUAAAGGUAUAAAACGGCAAACACUGAGACAAUUUUCAUCACUCACCAUCGCUUGUGUGGAUGUGAUUCCUUUUGAUAAAAGGCCACCCCCAGACCCUCGCAUAAUCGUGGAAGCGAAAAUUACUCUGUUGUGUGCCAAAAACUUUGAAGCUCUCCACACCACAUAAAACCAACAAGAGACGUUUACGGUGCAGUGAUUUCUCCCUCUAACCCUUGUCGGCUCCCAUUUGACAAUUUUCCGCAUUUGUACACACUUUUUUCUGCCGACAUCCAAGCCUCUGUUGACAUUCACGUGAAUUUGUCCCGGGACUUGAUGUGCCACCGGCAGUUCUGUGUCACCAGCCAAGUCCGAAGCUCAGUGCUAGCGCGUUAGGAAAAAAGAGGCCCAAAAGCAGCGAUCUUAGCAUAAAGCACAGCUCUCUCACCAGCAAGUGUCGCCAUGAGGAGGACAUCGGUCAGCGGUCGUCGCCGGAGUGCGUCAAUCCUGCGCCCGGCAAUUUACAUUGUGGCCAUUUUAGUGGCCGCCGACACCCUAUUCACGGAGGCAGGAACUUCAAAUCGCGGGAACAACAACAAACCUACGCAAUCAUCAGCACCCAAAUUCGUAUCACGUGGCCACACCUACAGAGCUGUCGUUGGUGACACACUUAUGCUGCCUUGCGAAGUGGAUAACUUGGGUUCAUAUGUGCUGCUGUGGCGCCGUGGGGCCAACGUAUUAACCGCCUCCAAUAUUAUGGUGACACGAGACGAACGGGUGCGAUUAAUUGACGGAUACAAUUUGGAGAUAACUGAGCUGGAGCCACAAGAUGCUGGCGAUUAUGUGUGUCAAAUUAGUGACAAGAUAAACAAGGAUCAAGUCCAUACAGUGGAAAUAUUAGUUCCGCCAAGUAUACGAGCCGUACCAACAAGUGGCCAAUCGACAGCCCGCAAAGGUGGCUCCGUCACGUUGGAAUGCAAAGCCUCCGGGAAUCCCGUCCCAGCCAUUCACUGGACCAAGAAGAGUGGCGGCGGCUCUAGCGGAAGUACGUCCCCAGCGCGGAUUGGCGAGGGGCCAAUCCUCACCCUGGAGCGCGUGGAUCGCCAGCAUGCCGGAGUGUACCAGUGCACGGCGGAUAACGGAGUGGGCGAGCCUGUCACCCUGGAUAUGCGCCUCGAUGUCUUAUACCCGCCGGAUAUCGCCGUGGAAAAGUCCUGGGUGCACUCUGGAGAGGGAUUCGAAGCUCAGCUCGUUUGCAUCGUGCAUGCUGACCCACAACCAACGGUGUCCUGGUUCCAGAACUCCUUUCCCAUUCAGCCCACCGACAGGCGUGUGAUGUCGUCACGUGGAAAUAAGCACACCCUCAGCAUAAGGCAUGUACAAUCGGAGGAUUUUGGCAAUUACAGUUGUGUGGCUGACAACUCCCUGGGGCGCGCCAAGAAGUACAUGGAAGUAUCUGGUCGGCCAGGGCCCGCUGAGUUCAUUUCGCCGCCAUGGAGUAGGUUUGUGGACUCGUACAACAUGACAUGGAAGGUAAUGAGCUACCCACCACUCCAAGAAGUUCGCCUUCUGUACAGGAAGUUGCUGAUGAACGACACAUUCCAGCAACCCGGUCGAUGGCACGACGUGAUCCUGACCCCGACGCCCAGAUCCUCGCCAGAGCCCAGCGAGCAUAUCAUGUCGUUCCACCUGCGCGGUCUGCAGCCCUCCUCCGUGUACGAGGGGAUUGUUCAGGCCAAGAAUCGAUAUGGAUGGAAUGAGGUGAGUGACAUAUUUCAAUUCUACACACAACGAAGCUCCUCCGAACCACGACUAGAGGACAUGGAGCUGGUGGCGAGUUCAACGUCACGAAGUAGAGGCAACACUAUUGUCAAGAGGACAUUCACUCGCCGUCAUCACUUCCUCCUUGGCAUCAUGACAGUGCUGCUGUGCACCCACUACACCAUCUGUCACGUGUGAGAAUUUAGCCGAUAAGUCUAGACUGCGUGUGGCUGAGGAUAAGUACAUUAGGAUCUAGGUCGGAAUAGGAGUCCUUCUCAAAUUGCAGAUUUUCCUUUCCAAAAAAAAAACAUAUAUCUUUUGUCGAAUAGAGUUACACAUCUAAUGAGAGAUUUUCCCUUUCCCCAUAUAUUUUCCCGAAAUCCUACUUUUAGGCAUAAAGACACAUGAUCGAUAAAAUGUACGAUAUUGAUCUCUUAGAAAGAUAGGAUGUUAUAUUGGAUAAUCUAAGAGACACGCACGUAAAACCAAAAAGAAAACCCAAAAAAAGACAUCCAGAUGUCUUUCGUAUUUGACUAUGCGAUGAAGAAGAUUGUGAGGCAGAGGAAGAAAAUUGUAUUUAAAGAAGUAAUAAGUAAUUUUGAAAGAAAUAGACUUAAAUAUAUAAUAGAUGCAUGGGAAAUGAGAUUGGCGAUGGAGACGAGUGGCGCGGAGAGAAGACGCAGAAAAAUGGAACAUGAGGUAUGUAAACUGUUUACUAUCAUAAUAUUUAAGUGUGUAAAUAGACCAAGUUGACUUAAUACAGAGAAAAAAAAUGUAAUUUGUAAAAGAAAGGUAAAAAGAUGCAGAGAAAGGAAAUGAAUUAAACGUAAAUUGAAUUAUAAAUAACACGCUACGAAAAUUUCAAGUAUAAAACAUUAAUUAAUAAUUUCAACACUUCCGGCAAAAUAUGAGAUAAUUUCAUUACCUUCCCUUCCCUCUCAGUGUGAUGGAACGUUUUAGAACUAGUGAGAAGAGCAAAUAUUUCUUGGGAAAAAAUUGUGUCCAGCAGAGGAGGCAAAAAAACGUAUUUAAAGCAGUAUUUCUUUGCAAUAUAGAAGCACGGAUGAAAGAGUGAUUUCCUAAUGAAGCAAACUAUGUUUCAGGAAGAGAAUGAAAGAAGCGAAUGAAGAAUAGUGUUGAUGUGGAAAAUCCAUGUUUAAAAUGCCUCAAGGCAUCAUCAGUAAUGACUAGACCGACGAUUAAUUUAUAAUGCAGGGAGCAAAACUCACAGAUACAAUAUUUCCACGAUUGUGUUUAAAAACUCUAUAGAUAAUAAUUAUUUUUACUCUCGUAACAAAUCAGUUUUAUUCAGAAGUAUAUUCAUACUUUAAUUAUUUUUCAUAUUGCAAGAAGAUAUAAGAAAUUGGACAUGUGUGAAAUCAUCAAGAAAUUGUAUUGUGAUAAGCAUUGAAAAAUUUAGAACUAUAGUUAAUGGUUAGAUGAGAAAUCACAAUGAUGACAGCACCAUACUUGAUAUCACAAACUGUGUAAAAAUGAUCAGAACAUGUAUCAUGGAAGAUAAAAAAAAAUUGUAGAUCUCUGUCAGUCAUAGAAAUAGGAAAAUUCACACCAAAAGGAUUUUACAAUAGUGGACAAUUUGAAAUAUUGCAUUUGAAUUCAUUCCGUAAAUGAUCUGGAAAUCCCUUAAGUCUGUUAAUAAAUCGAACAUUUGAAGAUGAUGAUUAUUGUAAGUAGAAAAAAGUUAUAAUGAAUUUUGGAGAGAACUAAAAAUGUAGAAAAAAAAACAAAUUGAUGAAAAAGAAAUUUUGGAAAUGAGAGAAAAAAUCACAAGAACCACCCCAAAUUUACAAGGCAAAAAAAUUGUAAAUACCGAUACACGUAUAAUGUCAAAAUGAGGAAAAUUUUUAAUUGUGGGGAAAGCGAUAAAAGAAAAUCCAUGGUGUAAAUAUAAGAUUUUUUAUAUGGAUGUACCUAAUUACUAAAAAAAAAAGACAUAGAUUUUAAUUUGACAUAAUUUAUGGUAAAUUAAGAAUUUAAAAAGUAAUUAUAUUAAACAUACCACUAAAUGUAAGUGUCUAACGAUGAAUAAAUAA